AUGGCUCUCAAGCCCAGUCCUGUGGUCACCAUCACAGAGAGGCUCAGGUGUACCAUAUUUGAGUUGGAGGAGUUUAUGAGAGUUGGUGGCAGAGCACAGUCUCAGGAGGGUGAGGGUACCGACAGCCAGACCAACUCAUCAUAUACUGGUAACAACUGUGAGCUGGAGCAGGCUCGAUGUUUUGCUGAAAAUGCUGGAAAAAGCUCGCCUUCCAGGUCUCUCUGGGUUAGCCGGGUUCGCCAGGCUCGCCAGGCUCCCCAGGCUCCCCAGGCUUCCCACGCACCCGUAGCACCUCCAGCACCCCCGGUGCCCGCACCUCCCCCUGCACUCCCAGAGCAGUUUCAAUUCUUUGGUGGUCUCCUCCCAGACUCAUUCACUGCGCUGCAUCCACUCAUCUACAGCCAGAACAUUAAAGGAGACACCUGUCCACGGGGUUACUGGAGGCUGUUCAAAAUCCACAGGCUGAAGAAAGAUGGACCAGGAUCUUAUUAUCCAUUUGUCUUUUCUGACAUUAUGGGUCUGGAACCAGGCACUUCAGAAGGGGUCCACACAGAUGAUAUAAUCAGCAUAUUAGAGGGCCAUGUGAGAAAUGGUUACACAUUCAAUCCUGUUUGUCCACUUGACAAAAAAAAACAAUAUUACAACAGCAACCCCGGCCUGAAGGACAAAGUUCACUGUCUGGUGAGCGUCCUACCAGCAGACAAAAUCUCCAUCAUCUCUGAUGAAGUGAUCGUGAAGAUGAAAACUGUUCGGGAAAGAGCUCGUAACUUGGACAUACCCCAAGUGGUCAUAAUGCCCAUGGUGGAUACAGCAUGUCCACUAGUCCAUGAGGACCUGAAAAAGAUCUACACCAGCAAGAAAAUCAAGGAGAAGAUGCAGGAGUGCAGUAACAGACUGGGGGUCCCAAUGAACUGCAUCUUCCCUGUGAAGAAUUACAAUGAGGAAGUUACAAAUGACCUGCAUCUGGAUGUUUUGAUUCUGAUGGCUUUGACAAACAUCAUUAUGUUUGCCAAUGACUAUGUAGAGGAGCAGAUUUUUGCAGACAAUGAAUAA